AUCUGGAUACAGGCAGUUGGCUUAAGAGAAGGUGUGUGUGGCGGCAUGAGAAAGAGAUGUGUAUGAAAGAGAGAGAGAGAGAGAGUGUGUGUGUGUGUGCAUGGAGACUCCUCCUCACUACGCAGUCCUUGCACAGACAAAUGGAAGAUGGACUCUGAAGACAACUGUGACCAUCAAAUUGAUCCCGUUGCCAUGCACAACAUGCAGUGACUUUUAGGUGCCUUGGCUGUGUCAUGUAGUCACGAAAUGGCAGCAAGUGGAAACAAUUGGGAGCAAGGAUGUGAGGAGGAUGCAAGAGGAGGUAGAAGACCUCUCCAGGACACCCACAGCCCAGAUGUUCUUCCUAACGUGCUUGGAACGAAGCGCCACCAACCUCGAGGGAUCGUUAUCCAGCUGACGGGAACAGAAGGAGAGUGGAGCAGCCUGGAUGAGAGCGAGCUCAUCUUCUCGCUUGAUCGCGAUGAGUACUACCCCUCAGUGUCUCAUUCAAGUCAGAAGCAUGUUUCUAGUGAUGACAGGGUGUCCCAAGGGUUCCACGUUCCACUUUCACCCUCGUCUCCCGGUUCUCUUGGGAAUUGGUCCACUACAGUCCCCGGCUUCCUCUCUCCAGGCCCUUCCUCCCCCACUCAUCGACCCUUGGCCAGUUUGGUAAAGUCGCUCUCAACAGAGUUGGAACUCAGAGAAGCCUCCACACUCAGACCGAAACCCCUUCUCAGUCUUGUGAAAUCCAUCUCCACCGAACUCUCACGAUCUGAGCCUGAGGUGUCGCAGUCUAAAUCGGACUCCCGUCUCAACCUUCACCUGUUGAAGCAGCUUACGCAACCCAAGACCCGAAGCAGCGGCGACUCUCGGACAGCGCCGCCAUCUCCUAGCAUGCUUUCACCAAGUGGAGAGGGUCUGAAAGGUGGCUUCUUCAAAAUGGAACUAGAGGACACCAAACGGAAACUCUCUGAGGCAGUCCACGAGCCACUGAGCAGUAUGUUCAACAAGAUCAUGAGAGAAGACAGCACAGGAAGCCCUAAGCACCAGUUUAAGACGACCCAGGUCAUCUCCAGAGGUUUAGGCAGGGAAAGUAGCCCAGAUACGGGGCCCUCAGAAUCUCCUGUGAGGAGCAGUGGCAGAACAGAGGGUGAGAUUUUUGACUGGCCUUCGGUUAGGUAUCCUGGAAGAAGCCCCCGCAGCACGUGCCCUGUGCAUCAUUGCAAACGUCACAGGAAUGAGGAGCUAGGAUUUUAUUCAGAUGGAGACAUACUGCAUGUUUUUUCCACUGAUACUCACCAACAGACAAAGAGACUGCCUCGGAUUGCAUCACCGCCACUUAGGACCUACCACCCACCUAAUCCUCCACCAUGCAUGAGUUUAUUCUGUGUGGCAGUUCUAUCCUAUGGCUAUCUUACCCUACCUCUGAAUCCGUACUCAUCUGGUCUGGCUUUGGGGCUGGCGUUGGGUUUUUUACUCGGACUCCUGCUUAUAAGAAUGGGCUCUUCCAGGGCUAGACCAUCGCUGUCUCUUCUAGGAGAGGAGAUUCUGAGAGAUACCUCCAUUGAGCCUGAUAUUACUAAGGGUUGGAUGAAUGAGAUUCACGAUUAUGACCCAGAAACCUUCCAUUCAGCGCAGACUCACUCUGUGUUUGCCACACUGGAGGGCUCCUGCCUUCGACUUGACACCCCUCAGUCGAACAUCAGUCGCAGAGCCAUGUACGACCAGAGAGUCCACGAGUACGCUUUCAUCAAGACACGUGCCUACCAGCUGGAGAGGAGCAAAGUGUUCUUGCUGCCAUCUGUGUUGGCUCGGAAGCGAGUGUGGAACCCCAAAUAUCCCAUCUGCAUCCAGCUGGCCAGUAUCUCUCAGGAGGACGCUGGGCAAAGGUCAGAAGGGAGUCAGAAAGAGGAGCAGCCAGGAUCUGAACCCAAAGGUCAAAGUUUUUCUGGACCCACCAGUGACCCAUGUGCAACUCUUUACCUCUUCGGACGCACGGGACGGGAGAAGGAGGAGUGGUUUCGCCAUUUCCUGCUCGCAUCCAUGAAUGCAGAGCAAGAGAAAGACCACAACCAACCACGGUCUGGCAGAUGUGUGCCUCCAUCGGGUGACCCAGUACUGUCACAGAGUGUCAGCAGUCAUGGUGAUACCCCAUGCAGCAAAGGCUCCACCAGCAGAGUGGGCAGCAGUGAAGACGAUGCUCCCUCCACACCCCCGGUCUGCCCCAACCCUGCAGCUCCUCUCGGUCAGACCUCCAGCAGCACCACCAGGGGCCUUUUUCUUCUUGACUACCCUGGGUAUAUGGCUCGCCUUCUGGCUGCAGAAGACUCGCCCUCACUCUCAAGCCCCGGCGUUGGCAGCACAGAAACGAGCCCCAAACUCAAAGGAAAUUGUUCCUGUGAUUUGGCGGAGGCCUGUGGGAGGAGUUCGACUGCGUGGGUGAACGCUCUGAUCGGUCGCAUCUUUUGGGACUUCCUGAGAGAGAAGUACUGGGCUGACGUGGUUUCCUGUAAAAUCCAGAAGAAGCUCAGCAAAAUUAGAUUGCCUUACUUUAUGAAUGAACUGACCCUGACUGAGCUGGACAUGGGCUGUUCUAUGCCACAAAUCACAUCUACCUCACGGCCAGAGGUUAACCACAGAGGGCUGUGGGUGGAACUGCAGCUGGCCUACAACGGUACCCUGCAGAUGACCCUGCAGACAAAAUUUAACUUGUCCAAACUGGGUAAAGAGGGUGGCCAGGAUACGGACUGGUUGGCUGAAACUGGAAGCACACGAUGCAAACCCAUCCUAACUGUGUUGGCAGACAGUGAUGAGGAGUCUUCUAGUGCUGGUUCAUCUGAUGAAGAAGAGCUGCUAUUCUCUGAGCCCCAGGGGCCUGCUGGGGAAAAGGGCACAGAAGGAACAGGGGGCGGAAGGACUGGAAGGAAGAUUUUGAGAUUUGUGGACAAAAUUGCAAAAUCCAAAUACUUUCAGAAGGCGGCAGAGAAUGAGUUCAUCAAGAAGAAGUUUGAGGAGAUGUCCAACACUCCUUUGCUGCUCACAGUGGAGGUGCAAGAGUUGUCAGGCUCUCUGGUUGUCAACAUCCCACCGCCCCCUACAGAUAGAAUAUGGUACAGCUUCUGUACACCACCCAAACUAGAUCUACGUGUCCGACCCAAACUAGGUGAGAGGGAGGUGACUUUUUGUCAUGUGACUGAAUGGAUUGAAAAAAAACUACAGGAUGAGUUCCAGAAAGUAUUUGUCCUGCCAAACAUGGAUGACAUCUACCUACCCAUGAUGCACUCGGGCUUGGACAGCCCCCAUGUGUCUCCACAGAGCUCUACCGAGUCUGACGAGCGAGUAGCACUUGAGGUCACUGCGACAGAGUCGGACUGUAGCACGACUUUGUAUAAAUAACCAGUGACAGGAAACAAUGAAAAUCACAUAAACUCCUCAUAUAAUAAUAUUUACAAACUUGAAGGUGGGUUAUUUGAGGAAAUGCUCUUGCCGGUGACUUUUGAUAACCAGGACUGACAUUACUACGCUCUCGUGUAAUGGUAAGUCAAUCAAUCAAUCAAUCAAAGUUUAUUUAUAUAGCCCUAAAUCACAAGUGUCUCAAAGGGCUGCACAAACCACAACGACAUCCUCGGCUCAAAUCCCACAUCAGGGCAAGAAAAAACUCAACCCAAUGGGAUACAAUGAGAAACCUUGGAGGGGACCGCAGACCCCCCCACCCCCCCAGGCGACCGGUGCAAUGGAUGUCGAGUGGAUCUAAUUAAUAGUUUGAGAGUCCAGUCCGUAGUGGGGCCAACAGGAGAUCAUCUUGAGUGGAGACAAGUCAGCAGCGUAGAGACCAUACUUGCCAACCCUCCCGAAUUUUUCGGGAGACUCCCGAAAUUCAGCGCCUCUCCCGAAAACCUCCCGGGACAAAUAUUCUCCCGAAAAUCUCCCGAUUUUCAGCCGGAGCUGGAAGCCACGCCCCCUCCAGCUCCAUGCGGACCUGACUGAGGACAGCCUUUUUUCAUGACGGGAGGACAACAGGGUGACAAGAACUAAAUCAUCCAGACUAGAGAUAAAUUGUAUUAUUAUGUUUAUUUUACCUAAAAAUAAAUAUAUUUAUUAAUUUAAAAAAUAUAUAUAUAUAUAUAUACAUUUUUACUAUAUUUUGCUAAAAACAUCAAAAUUAAUUGUAUUUUCAUUUGUAUUUUUUCCUGACUCCUUAUUACAUCCAGCCAUACAAUUAUACAUUAAAAUAAACAUAUUUGAAAUAAUUGAUUUUAAAUUAUCAUAAUAAUUCAUUUAAAAUGACCAUAUUUAAUAAUUUAAAUAAUUGCUUGUUUAUCAACAACUUUAGCAUUUUAUUCAUUACAUUUUGAAACUCUCAGAAGCCAAGUUAUGUUAUAUUCCUUAACAUUUAUUUAUGCAAGUUUGAAGUAUCAAUUAUCUAAACACAGUUUUGUUUGCAUAUUUUCAGGAUGUAGAUAUCUCUCUCUCAUAUAUAUAUACAUAUAUAUAUAUAUAUAUAUAUAUAUAUAUAUAUAUAUAUAUAUAUAUAUAUAUAUAUAUAUAUAUGAAAUACUUGACUUGGUGAAUUUUAGCUGUCAAUAUACUCCUCCCCUCUUAACCACGCCCCCAAUCACGCCCCGCCCCACCCCCGACCACGCCCCCACGCCCCACCUCCCGAAAUCGGAGGUCUCAAGGUUGGCAAGUAUGGUAGAGACGUCACCAACUGAUGCACAGAUGACUGGUCCACCCCGGGUCCCGACUUUGAACAGCUAGCAUUUCAUCUGUGGUCACCUGAUAACCUCUCCACGCAGGAGAGGGGGGCAGAGCAGAAAAGAGACGGCAGAUCAACUGGUCUAAAAGGGGGUCUAUUUAAAGGCUAGUGUAUAAUGAGUUUUAAGUCAUAUUUUAUUAUCAUUUAAUAUUUUAAUAAUGAUAAUCCAUUCAUGACAUAUUAUAUCGGCAUACUCUUGUGUGCAAAUGUUUACAUAGGUAUGAGAUUAUUUGCUGCUUUGUUAAUGGCUGUUGACAAAUAUUAAACAAACAUUUUAAAAAAUCAUUUAGUUCGUUUUUUCUCCGAUCGAUUCUUGAUGCACAGUCAAUUAAAAGCCUCCACGUAAAAUCCAUAGCAUUUUCGCAUAAGUGUUGUUGAUGUCCAACUAGGCAUUAGUAUAGCUCAGUCUGUAAGGAAUCUAAUGUUUGCGCGCUCCCUCACUCUCCACGUGAAUUGCAUUUCUCUUUAUGUGACUGUAAUUAGUUUAAUUGUAAUGAUACAGUGAAGAAGGAGACCGCACUGAGACAGGAACGUCGCUUAGCCUUCGGUGUGUUUAUUAAUACAAGAGAAUCAAAGUAUGGGUGCGCGACUAUGUGCUGCGAUUAACUUGA